AUGGGGUGGUUGACCGGAGGAACUUUGCUCUCUCGAGAUAAGGAUUUUAUUGUCCUAUAUAGGGGAAAAGAUUUCUUGCCUUCUUCCGUUUCUUCUGCAAUAGAAGAGCGGAGAAAGCAUGUAAUUCAUGUGGAGAAUCACAGUUCAAAAACGUUGCAGAAGGAGAACACUGAGAUUGACUCUAAAAGUGAUAUCAUUCAUUUCAAGGGUCGCACAGGCAAUAUCUUCAAUGACGGAAAGAACCUGAACUCCACAGAAGCAUCUGUUAGAAAGACUAGCUCGAAGUUGUCUAUGGCAUUGGAGAAGAAAGCAAAGGCUGAGAAACUUUUAGCAGAACUGGAGCAUGAGGAGAUCCCUCAACAAUCUGAAAUUGAUAAAGAGGGUAUAACUAAAGAAGAAAAUAUGCUUAGGAAGGUUGGCUUGAGAAUGAAGCCCUUCCUACUAUUGGGUAGACAUGGAGUGUUUACUGGAACAGUCAAAAAUAUGCAUCUUCAUUGGAAGUAUAGGGAAAUUGUGAAGAUAAUUUCUAAGGAGACAAAUGUCGAAGCUGUUCAUCAAGUAGCACAAAUAUUGGAGGCAGAAAGCGGUGGAAUAUUAGUGGCUGUGAGGGUAAGCAAGGGUUAUGCAAUCAUCUUUUACCGUGGAAGGAACUAUGAACGACCUACUUGUCUCAGACCUCAUACACUUCUUAGUAAAAGAGAGGCAAUGAAACGCUCCCUAGAGGAACAGCGUCGUAAGGUAAAAUGGAGUUAUCUUGUUUCAUAUUCUUCCUACACCUUUGCAUAG